GCAGCCGGCACUUCCUGUGGAAAGGCGGGCGGGCUCGGUGGCGAGCCCCACUAGCCAGUGUCAGCCUCUCGGCGCGAGGGGGCGGCGGCGGAGGAGGAGCCGGGGGAGGGCUGUCAAAUUGGGGAGCCAGAUUCCCCCUUCCCCUUGGCAGUCCCUUCCGCUUCCCCGGCUCCCGGCGUGACAUCUGCGGGCCGGGGACCUGCACGCGUGUGCGCGCCAAGGGGCGGAAGAAUGGCAGUGCUCAAACUCACCGACCAGCCACCACUGGUGCAGGCGAUCUUCAGUGGAGAUCCAGAGGAGAUACGGAUGCUCAUCCACAAAACGGAAGAUGUCAACGCUCUGGAUUCUGAGAAACGAACCCCUCUUCACGUGGCCGCGUUUCUGGGAGAUGCAGAGAUCAUUGAACUCCUGAUUCUGUCAGGAGCUCGUGUCAAUGCCAAGGACAACAUGUGGCUGACCCCUCUGCACAGGGCUGUUGCUUCCAGAAGUGAGGAAGCAGUUCAAGUCUUGAUCAAGCACUCGGCUGACGUCAAUGCGAGGGAUAAGAACUGGCAGACCCCUCUGCACGUGGCAGCAGCCAAUAAGGCUGUCAAGUGUGCUGAGGUGAUCAUUCCGCUACUGAGCAGUGUCAACGUCUCCGACCGAGGAGGCCGCACAGCUCUGCACCAUGCCGCGCUGAAUGGCCACGUGGAGAUGGUUAAUUUACUCUUGGCCAAAGGGGCAAACAUCAAUGCAUUUGACAAGAAGGACCGGCGUGCUCUGCACUGGGCAGCAUAUAUGGGCCACCUGGAUGUUGUAGCAUUGCUCAUUAGCCAUGGUGCAGAAGUAGCCUGCAAGGACAAGAAGGGUUAUACUCCCCUGCAUGCUGCAGCCUCCCACGGACAGAUCAAUGUGGUCAAACAUCUCCUGAAUCUAGGGGUGGAGAUUGAUGAAAUCAAUGUCUAUGGAAAUACAGCACUUCACAUCGCCUGCUACAAUGGCCAGGAUUCUGUGGUUAGUGAGCUGAUUGACUACGGUGCUAAUGUGAACCAACCGAACAACAACGGCUUCACCCCCUUGCAUUUUGCUGCCGCCUCCACCCAUGGUGCUUUGUGUCUGGAAUUGCUAGUAAACAAUGGGGCAGAUGUCAACAUUCAGAGUAAAGAUGGGAAAAGUCCACUUCACAUGACAGCUGUCCAUGGAAGGUUCACUCGAUCCCAGACCCUCAUUCAGAAUGGAGGUGAAAUUGACUGUGUGGAUAAAGAUGGCAACACUCCUCUCCAUGUGGCUGCAAGAUACGGUCAUGAGCUUUUGAUUAACACCUUAAUAACCAGUGGAGCUGACACAGCCAAAUGUGGAAUCCAUAGCAUGUUCCCUUUACAUUUAGCUGCCCUAAACGCUCACUCUGACUGCUGCAGGAAAUUGCUGUCAUCAGGCUUUGAAAUAGACACCCCUGAUAAAUUUGGAAGAACGUGCCUUCAUGCUGCUGCUGCAGGAGGUAAUGUGGAAUGUAUAAAACUCUUGCAGAGCAGUGGAGCAGAUUUCCAAAAGAAGGACAAGUGUGGGAGGACCCCUUUGCACUAUGCAGCUGCGAAUUGUCAUUACCAUUGUAUUGAGACGUUAGUGACCACAGGGGCCAACGUUAAUGAAACAGACGAUUGGGGUCGGACAGCUCUCCACUAUGCUGCAGCUUCGGACAUGGAUAGAAAAAGUAAGACCAUCUUAGGAAAUGCCCAUGAAAAUUCAGAAGAACUUGAAAGAGCCAGAGAGCUGAAGGAAAAGGAGGCCGCAUUAUGUUUAGAGUUUCUGCUUCAAAAUGAUGCAAAUCCAUCUAUCCGGGACAAGGAAGGUUACAAUAGCAUACAUUAUGCUGCUGCCUAUGGCCACAGACAGUGUCUGGAAUUGCUUUUGGAAAGAACCAACAAUAGUUUUGAGGAAUCGGAUUCCGGUGCCACCAAGAGUCCUCUCCAUUUGGCUGCCUACAAUGGACACCACCAAGCCUUGGAAGUCCUUCUGCAGUCGCUGGUGGACCUGGACAUCAGGGACGAGAAAGGGCGCACUGCCCUGGAUCUGGCCGCCUUUAAGGGACACACGGAAUGCGUGGAAGCACUUGUCAAUCAGGGUGCCUCCAUCUUUGUGAAAGACAAUGUAACCAAAAGAACCCCACUUCAUGCCUCAGUAAUUAAUGGUCAUACCCUGUGUUUGCGACUGUUACUAGAAAUCGCAGACAACCCAGAAGCAGUUGAUGUGAAAGAUGCCAAAGGACAAACCCCGCUGAUGCUUGCAGUGGCAUAUGGACACAUUGAUGCCGUUUCCUUAUUACUUGAAAAGGAAGCAAACGUGGAUGCUGUCGACAUCAUGGGCUGCACAGCUUUACACAGAGGGAUUAUGACAGGACACGAAGAAUGUGUGCAAAUGCUGCUGGAAGAUGAAGUGUCGAUUCUCUGUAGAGAUGCCAGAGGGAGGACACCCUUGCACUAUGCAGCCGCUCGGGGCCACGCCACAUGGCUGAGUGAGCUGCUCCAGAUGGCCCUUUCCGAGGAGGACUGCUGUUUCAAAGAUAACCAGGGCUACACGCCGCUGCACUGGGCUUGCUACAAUGGUAAUGAGAACUGCAUAGAGGUCCUUUUGGAGCAAAAAUGUUUUCGUAAAUUUGUUGGUAAUCCCUUCACUCCACUGCACUGUGCAAUAAUAAAUGAUCACGAGAACUGUGCCUCCCUGCUCCUUGGGGCCAUAGAUUCUAGCAUCGUCAGUUGUCGAGAUGACAAAGGCAGGACACCCCUUCACGCAGCAGCCUUUGCUGACCACGUGGAGUGCUUGCAGCUUCUUUUGAGACACAACGCUCAAGUGAACGCAGUGGACCAAUCCGGGAAGACGGCCCUGAUGAUGGCUGCUGAGAACGGGCAGGCAGGCGCUGUGGACAUUUUGGUGAACAGUGCCCAGGCUGACCUGACCAUAAAGGAUAAAGACUUGAAUACACCCUUACAUUUGGCUAGCAGUAAAGGUCAUGAGAAAUGUGCCUUGUUAAUACUUGACAAGAUACAAGAUGAGAACCUUAUUAAUGCAAAAAAUAAUGCACUGCAGACACCGCUGCACAUUGCCGCCCGCAAUGGCUUGAAGGUGGUAGUCGAGGAGCUGCUGGCCAAAGGGGCCUGUGUGCUGGCUGUGGAUGACAAUGCUUCUAGGUCCAACGGACCCCGUUCCACCCCCGGAACAGCCGUCCAAAAAGAAGAAUGAGAGUCUAGACGCUACGCACAUGCAUACGCACACAUAAACGUCUAUGUAGAUAUGUAUGUAGUUCAUCAGCCAACUCUCCAUGAGGACCAAAAUGCUUCCGUCUAAAAUGGAAGAUGUAAGUUUUUUUUCCCUUCAAAAUGCAAGAACUGCAGUAGCUUUUCUACAGAGUUACAAUGUACUCUUUUCUGCAUACCACUGUUGGUUGCAUUUUGUAUUUCUUAUACAGAUUUCUAGUUGACACCUUAACAUUUGUAAUUGAUGAUGUGUGGACCACAGUUUAUUAGCAUUAUUGUUAUUGUUAUUUUUGCCAAACUAGGAGAAAUGUCCAUACACUUUUGAUGUAAAUGUGUUGGUAUUUAUGAUACAAGACAAAUGCUGAGGAAACAUCCUGUGUCCAUUCACUGUUUUAAUUGCUGUGUAUCUUACUUGGAAUAAAAAGUGGAAAAACCAUACUUGACCCUGGACUACCCAACAGCCUCAGGGCACACCCAGCAUGCCCACUGCUCCAGGCUCCAGAUCCUCAAGUUCAUCUGUGGCUCAGUUGUCGUCUGUCGCUGACUUAGAGCUUAGAAGACAUUACAGCCCAUGUGCUCCUCUGUGUCGGGAAAAGGAAAGUGUGCAGUGAAGCACAACAGUGGCUGGAAGAAAGUUCAGAAAACAAUCCACACCUCACUGAGAAAUCAUGCUCUCACCAACCUAACAGGAAACAAUGUGUGUGUGGGCACUCUGCCUAGAGGGCCAGUGAAAAUCACCAGCUCUAGGGCUUAUUUCCACUUGAGGAAAAGGACAAGAAGGAUGCGUCCCAUCCAUGCAGUUCUCGACAACAAUGUAUAAUGGCUUCCAUUUUGACCGUGGAAAUUUCUGUUUUAUAGUAUAUGUGGGGUGUUUGUAAAAACAGUAUUAUGUCGUAUCUGGAUCAGAUACAGAUACUGUGCUGUAUUUUCCAUUCAGCUGUAAAAUACUUUUAUCUUAAUUCUUCUAAUAUCCUGGAUUUCAUUAAAUCUCAUAUUGCGUUCUUUAUAAUUGAGUGCUUGUUCAAAGGACUUACAGAGCUGAUACUAAUUUCACCGCAGAAUUUCUACACCCCCACCACUAUGUUUUGAAUUCUUCCUGGGUGUGCUGCUUCCCUCCUUGUUAAUUUUAGACAGGAUGAAUUUUUAAAGAAAUAGGUAAAUUGUGAAUGGGCAUUAGUGACCUUAUCUUUGCUGAAAAUAAGGGAAAGGCUGUGUUGAAGGAUACAGCAUCCUGCAGUGUCUUUUUGUGCACAAGUGCAUGGAAAUCUUGCUCCAUUGGCAUUUAAGGCAGGAGAGGAAAUGCCUGCUUUAAUGGUGAAGCAGUGUUGACAUUUUUCCUCUUGAGUAGCAGAGUAAAAGGAUGGUUCCAGCAAAGCAGGGAGCAGCCAUGAGGCAUUGUUGUCUCCAUGGAGUCGCCUUUAGCCUCUCCCCCUACCCCUCCCCUCUGUCUCGUAGGAGCAGGGCAAAGGAACAAAACACAAUCAUGCUCACAAUGAACUGUUCAUUGAAUCAAUCAGUGUCCUUUUCUCUAGUCCACCCUCUAAUUUUCCCUGUCCCCAAAACUAAAUUUCUUAAGAAAUGACUUUUUCAAAAACUAUAAUUUUCUAUGUGUUUCAAUUACAUCUCUUAGAGCA